ACAGAUUAUUUUCAAAUAGUCUGUGUCUAUUGGUUUAAUAUAUAACCUAAAAAUAAUUAUAAGCCCGGCUGUAGAUUAGUUUCUGAUAAGUUUUUUAUUCAUUCCAGAUCUGUAUUGCUAUGUUUGGUAGUUACUAGUUUUAUUUUUCUUAUUUUAGUCGAAGCUUAAUAGUUAUCAUGGUUUUAAACUUUUAGUAGACGUAUGUAACUUCAAACCAUCCGUCUCUUUCUUUAGACUUAAUUGAGUCUUAUAAAACAUACUGAGUACUUAGUAUUUACUAUUUUGAGUUUUUAAUUAUUAGUUCAAUCGUUAGAUGUCGUAAAGUAUUUUUAAUAAAACGGUUUUUGUUAUAUGUUCAUUAUGUUGCUAAUGCGACAGAUAUUAAGUAACUCAUGUCCCAAAAAUUGGAAAACUACUAUUGUUAAAACAUUAACAAAUAUUGAAUUACGAUGCAAUUAUGGCUUGAAUAAUGUUGGUAGUGAUGAUCCGGGCGUUGAAAUUAUUCAAAGUGAAAUAAAAGAAGAAAAAACCAGUUUGGCUAUGCGUGCUUAUCUUCAAAGAGCUACACAGUAUAAUCAAUUCAUGGAACAACAGUCUCAUGAGUAUAAUGUUGGUAGACGCCAUUUAGCCAACAUGAUGGGAGUUGACCCAGAAACUUUUACUCAAAAAGAUAUUGAUGCAGCAAUUGAAUAUCUUUUUCCUUCGGGCUUGUAUGAUCCAAAAGCAAGACCAGCUAUGAAGCCACCGAUUGAAGUUUUUCCAUCUAGGAAAGAAGCAGAAUUUGAUGAAUCAGGACGUCCACAUCACGUUUUUUUUUAUACAGGAAAACCGAACUUUUAUUUAAUUUUACACAAAAUUGCUACCAAUUUGGUGGAAUUAAAUUCAUUUGAAGAUAAUUUGAUGAAAAAUAAUAUAAUCCCAGAAGCUCAUAAACAAUUGUCAAAUACAGGAUCACAGUGGCUUACUAAAGAAGAUUUAGAAAAAAUAACAGUUGAAAAACUUUCUGAUCAUGAAUACAAUAGUUUUGUGGUUGCGAUAGAAAGAUUAUUAAAACAUCCUUGUUCUUACAAAUUUGUUGAGUUUAUUUCUCAAUAUCAAAAACCAAUGAUGUCGACUAAAACUCUAAUUGAACCACUACCAGUGGAAUAUACAAAAGAUGGAAGGGCUUAUGUUACUGUUAAAGAUUGUCCUAGGAAGGAUGCCAGGGCUAAUGUAACUGUUUACUAUCCGGGAACUGGCAAACUUUCAAUUAAUGGAAAAGGAAUAGAAUUUUUUGAAGACAUCCAACCUAGGGAACAGAUUCUAUUUCCAUUGAUUUUCACGAACAUGGUUGAGAAUGUGGACAUUGAAGCCACCGUUAGUGGCGGAGGGAUAUCUGGCAAAGCUGGUGCUAUUCGUUAUGGAAUAUCCUGGGGAUUGCGUUCUUUUGUAGACAGUGAAAUGGUAGAACGCAUGCGAGUCGCCGGGCUACUACAAAAAGACUACAGGAGGAGAGAGAGAAAGAAGCCGGGACAGGCAAGAGCAAGAAGAAAGUUUACUUGGAAGAAACGUUAAUUUAAGUUGAACAUCCAUAGAAGUUGUUGUGUAAAUAAUAAUACAUUAUACUUGCAUUCAUAAAAAAAUAGUGUAUUUUGUGCAUAGCGUUGACACCUGCAUCAAAUAUAUAGAAAUAAUGUGAAGUGAAGUAAUACAAAAUACACCUUGUAGUAGUAAGAAUAAAAAUGACUUUAUAGUAA